AGCGUCGAGUUUACUGGUGAGUUAGCCCAUGUCAAGCUGUGGCGCUUCCGACGCGAACAACAACAAAGGCUGAUGAAUUGAUGAAGUUCAAAACUGAAAUAGUACGCCGUAUUUUCUCUCUUAUAGAGUUUUCAUGUGUAAUGCCCCUGGUUCAAUAACGUUCAUGUUAUAGUUGCCGUCGAGAGGGAAAUGAAAUCAAGUCUCAGUCGCUUUGCCUCGAUCGGCUCAUCUGGUGAAUGAACCAAGUAGCACAUUCAACUCAGAUCCGAUCGGAAGCUGCCGAACUCAAAAGCUGGAUGGUCUGUUACCGAAUAGCACAUCAUCUCUGUCUGAUACAUAAAAAUGAUUCGAAUCGCGGCAUUGAAUGCCGCAUCGACAGCUGCAGAUGAGUCUCAAGACCCGUUGAGAAGUAAAAAAAGUCGAACAAAAGAGGCUCAGGAAGCAGAGGCUUUUGCCUUGUAUCAUAAAGCUUUAGAUCUGCAGAAACAUGACAAGUUUGAGGAAUCUGCCGUGGCAUAUCAUGAGUUGCUUAAAACGCCACUCCUCAAAGAGGCUAUGCCCUCGGAGGAUCAGAGCUUGGGUCUCAAGCAUCCCGGACUGAUGUUGAAGUAUUCCACAUUUAAAAACCUGGCUAGUAUGGCUGCAUCACGAGAUGACCUGGAGACAGCGAUGGAGUUUUACUUAGAGGCCGUUUUGCUGGAUUCCACUGAUGUGAAUAUGUGGUACAAAAUUGGACAAGUGGCUGUCCGACUCCUGCGUAUUCCUUUGGCCCGACAUGCCUUUGAGGAGGGCUUGCAGUGUAACCCAGACCACUGGCCCUGCCUGGACAACCUGAUCACUGUUCUCUACGCACUCUGUGACUAUACCUGGUGUUUGUACUUCAUCAGUAAAGCCCUUGAAAAGGAUCAUUGUUACACAAAAGGCCUGGUGUUGAAGGAGAAAAUCUUUGAGGAGCAGGCCAGUCUCAAAAGGGAAACGAUGCAAAUGUUCAAGAGAUGCGACAUGUCUGUCCACUACGUCGAAGUGGAAGAAGAGGGGCGCAAAUCCAUUGUGGAAGAAGCUCUGGAUUUACGAAAACGCAGACAGGCUCUCUCUUACACGGAACCAACCCCUGACCUUGUCUUGAUCAAGCCUAUCCGAUGUCUGACGUGGAAGCAUGUGGGUGAAAGCCUUAUUGCAAUGUAUCGCUAUCAAACCACAUGUGGGCCGCCACGGCUUAGUCUCGGGCGCAGGAUUGACUUGUCUGUAUACCGUGAACGAAGCUUCUUCCAAAACCUGCCUGAACCCACAAGUCCCAUCAGCACAGCCCAGACGACGGUGUUGAGCAGCAGCCCCAGCUCAUCUCUGCCACCGACUGUCCUUCCUGAGCCAUCAGCACUUUCACAACCUGCCAUCCAACCACAAAUCACGAUUGUGGAAACACCCACAGCUUCUCCUUCUGUCGUUGCAGCCAUGGACAUUUCUCUGAUAGACAAGGCAAAGAAAGCACCAAAAAGAAAACGUGCAGUAGAAGAUAAUGUUGAGACCGCUAAGAGACGUUCAGCACGGGUUCGGAACACUAAAUGCAAAAAAGAAGAGAAGAUUGAUUUUCAGGAAUUGCUGUUUAAGUACCUUCCUUCAAGGUUACGAAAGUUUGAUCCUGAUAAUGAAGAUGAAAGUCUGAGUAAUCUUGAGCCACAGUGCAAUGGGAAGGAUGACAUGCAGCCUCGACUUGGGAGCUGCGUUCCAGUUGAUGCAGUUGAUUACAUGGAAUCUGAACAGCAGGAUGUUCAUAACUUCCUUCUUCAAAAUAUGACCAAUGGAGGAAUACUUGACCUGAUGUUGUGCUAUCUGAAAGCAGUGGGUCAGAAGUUCAUGGAGGAAUGGCCUCCGGGUAUGACUGCUGUGGUGCUGGAGGUCUACCAGGCUUGGAGAAAGCACAGCUGUGGCCUUCCUAACCCUUUGUUUCGAGACUGCAGUAAGCAGCACAUUCGGGAAAUGUUGGAAAUGAGCCUGGCAUGUAUGGAAUUGCAGUUGGAGCAAUGGUUGCACAACAAAGGCAAGACUGUGACGUCUCGAAGAAGCACAAGUUCCUGCAAUGACACAGCAGAAAACGAAUUCCCUGGGCAACAUUUCCAGGCUGACGUCUUGCUCCUGGCUUUAGGUUCAUCCCAAAAAGAUCUGUUUGACGACAACUGGUUAGACUUCAUGGUGCGUGUUUACUGGCUGAAGGCUAGAUCUCUUGCUCUCCAGGGAGACAUGGAACUGGCUCUAGAGAGCUAUGAUGUCUGUACAGGGCUGUUGCAGAGCAAAUCCAAGCCUCCCGAAGGGAGAUAUUAUACCAUAAGACUCCCCAAUUUAAUGGUAGAUUCAGCAAUAUCUGUUGAGGAGAUUGACAAAAGAUUGAAGUCUCUGGAGCGCUGUCAGUCAUUGGAGGAAAUCCAGCAUCUCUUUGAGUCUGCAGACUUUGAGUCGGUUGUGCGCUUGUUGCAGCCUACUCUUAAUUACGGCAGCAGGAGUAAACAUUUGGAGUUUGUUAGCUCAGCACCAGAACGUCCAGCUCAGCUUCUGCUGCUGCAGAGAUCACUGUUGAGGCUCCAAGACUACCAGCAAUGUCUAGAGACAAGUGAGAUGGCUCUAAAUGAAGCUCUGCAGCAGUUCAACUCUUCUGCAAGUAGCUCCCCACCUGUGAAGGAAGAAUGGGUCUGCACCAUUACGAAGCUGCUGGAGGGCAUCGACGUCUGCUUUACCAAAGACUCAGAGCUCCUUAGCAACCUCACCCACUUCUCCAGUAUGGGUCGGCUCGCAAACAAUCUUAUUCAGCUGAUCGACCUUAGCAUGACCAUUUCUGAUGAUCCUAAAGAGCCUUAUUUCUUCUCUGUGCUGCCUUGGAUUAUUUUAUAUCACAUCAUCAAACAUGAAGAAGCCGCGUUUAAUGCAAUGCUUCAACAACAUAUGUCUGUAGGGGAUGAGGAAGAUGACUCAGACUCUCCGAUGCUGCCAUCCUCCCUUAUGCUUCUGAAUACUGCUCAUGAGUAUCUUGGUCGUCGCUCCAUGUGCUGCUGUUCAGAUGGUUCACUACUCAAGUUUUUCGUUCGAGUUUUGGAAAAAGAGUUUGCCACCAGUGGCUCUGCCAACAAUAUUUGUCAUCCCUACAAAGAGGAAUUGGAGAUGGCUUUAGAACAGUGCUUCUUCUGUCUAUAUGCCUAUCCCAGUAAGAAGAGCAAGGCCCGCUUCCUUGAAGACCACUCCUCUCCACAGGUUGAGCUGCUGUGGGGUGAUGCCCUUUUCAUGUUCCAUUAUUUUAAACCAAAGUCACUUCCGGAGUUUGACAGCUACAAAACAAGCACCGUUUCUGCAGAUUUAGCUAAUCUGUUGAGGAGGUUUGCAGGAAUCGCCCCCCCAAGUGAAACUCCCACUCUCACUAUGGAUGAGGUUGGAGCCUACAUUGAGGGCCUGACAAAAAAGACCCCAAGCCUUCCUGAGGGUAGUCUUCCACCCCCUCCAAUCAUUAAUGAGGUCUACUACUUGCUGGCUGAUUAUCACUUCAAGAACAAGGAGCAGUCCAAAGCCAUUAAGUUUUACAUGCAUGACAUCUGUGUCUGUCCGAACAGGUUUGAUUCCUGGGCAGGAAUGGCCUUAGCUAGGGCCAGUCGUAUUCAGGAGAAACUCAACUCCAAUGAGCUAAAAAGUGAUGUACCCAUAUGGAAACACUCACAGGCUGUGCUCAACUGCUUUAAGCGGGCCCUAGAGAUAGACAGCUCCAACCUGUCGCUCUGGAUCGAGUAUGGAACCAUAUCAUAUGCGUUGCACUCCUUUGCUUCACGUCAGCUAAAGCAGUGGCGUGAUGAGCUUCCACCCGAGGUGGUAAAACAGAUGGAGGACAGGAGAGAAUCCAUGUUAGAGACUGCAUCUCAGUGUUUCCAAGGCGCUUCCCAGUGUGAGGGGGACAGUGAUGAAGAAGAGUGGCUCAUCCAUUACAUGCAGGGCAAGAUAGCAGAGAAACGCAAACAGACACCUGUGGAAUAUCUGAAGCUUUACAAAAAGGCAGCACACUUUCUGCAUGAAGAGGCUGCCAGGUAUCCUCGUAAAAUCCAUUAUCACAAUCCACCUGACCUGGCUAUGGAGGCCCUGGAGUUGCACUUCCGGCUUAGCGCCACCAUUUUAAAGCUGCUGCAGGCUAACGAGCCCAAUCUGGACCAUGAAGUCUUGUUCAGUUUACUGGUUGAAGCUGCGACAGGGCCCUUUGCCAAAGGGGAAGAGAAGAGUAUGCCUAGCAUACCCAGGUCUACUGAAAAGGAGAAAUCUACCUCUGUGAUAGAUGAAGACCUUAAUAGUUCCUCGGUAGGCGUAGGCAACAUCCUCAGCUCUUCCCUUCCAUCAGUUGCCACUCCAGGUGUGACAUCCCCUCUCUACGUCGCCACACCAUUUGACCACGAUUACGCCAAACGCAAAACUCUCCGACGGCAGCAGUGGCAGCAGCAGCGGCAUGAGGAACAGCAGGCUGAUGCCUCACCAGAGUUUGACCAUGAUUACUGCUUGCCCAGGUCUUCAAUGUGGCUGGCUUCCCUGAAUGAGCGCAGUCAGGACAGCGAGGUGGUAAUGCUUUCUGACUCCAACUCCACCCAGGAUGCUUUCACAGAUCCAACCAGCUCACAAGACAGUAGUCACAAACCUGCCUGUGGGAAAGUCAGUACGUCAUCAUCAGAGAGCACAACGCCUGUGAAGGAAGGACAGCCUGCAUCCGAGGAUACGGAGUCACAUGGCGAUCAGACUGUCCACCAGACAGAGGAAAACCUGGUUGAGGAAAUCGUGGAAAUGGUGGUGGUGACCCUCCCUGAGGCUUCGAUUCCCCAAAUCUCUGCAAAUGUCUGCCUCCCGCCUGUGCUUGUACCAGCCACUCCUCCGAAAGCAGCUACCUCUCAACAGCCUGCUUCUCAAACCCCAGCCAGCGAAGGCAAAAAGAAGCCAGAGCCACCCGCCGAGGUGAUUGAGGUACCCAAGGCCCUGCCUGCAGAACAUGCGGACCAGAAAAAAAUGCUGGUGGAAAUGUGCGUCCGCUCUCUUUUCCUCUGCCUUGGGCGGUUUCCUCAACAUUAUAAGAGUCUCUACCGCCUGGCUUUCUUUUACACCAACAGCAAAACCCACCAGAACCUACAGUGGGCCCGAGAUGUGUUGCUAGGAAGCAGUGUCCCAUGGCAACAACAGAAGCACAUGCCUGCACAAGGACUCUUCUGUGAAAGAAACAAGACAAACCUGUUCAAUGGCAUCUGGCGUAUUCCAGUAGAUGAAAUUGAUCGCCCAGGAAGCUUUGCAUCUCAUAUGAACCGAUCCAUUGUUCUCUUGCUGGAGGUGCUAUCACAACUCAAGGAUCACGACACCUUGCUGAAAGUGUCUUUCAUGCUGCAGAGAACCCCUGACCAGGGAAAAAAAUAUUUACGCGAUGUUGAUCGCCAGGUUUUGGCCAAGAGAGCAUUUUUCCUCAAUGUAAAAGUCCUGGAGGACAAUCUGAAGAGUCUCAGUGCGGUGCAGCUUCCCAAAGCAGCGACCACCUCCAUGGGGGAGAUGACCACGACGGCCGCAUCCAGCAGGCCAAGUUCAGAGGACAGCAAACAUGCGCUGCCCAAAAAGGCGGCGCUCACAGAAGGGACCUGUACCACUGACACUGGACGCAAGGAAGGCUCCCUACCACAACGUCCUCCACUCGCACCAUCUGCAGAUAAAGGUGGCAAAGUUGAGAAUCAACCUGGAAAGGUGGAAUCUGCUGCGAGUGAAGGGCACAGAACAGGGUCAGAGGAGCCAAUGGAUUUGGAAUCUGGCCAUUGGAGGAGACCAUCAACAACCACAGAUACUCAAGACAGGGAAACAGAGACACCGGUCUCUCUGGGCACAAUAGAGCCCCAGCAAAAAGUGUCUGACAGCAGCCGGACAUCGGAGCUGUCUCUUGAAGAGCUAAGUAUUAGUUCCAGGCAGCAACAGCUUCAGUCUUCGGCAAGCAAGGCCACUUUGACAGCUAGCAGCCCUGAUCAAGUUUUACUUCGAAGACCCAGCAGAAAAAGGAAACUUUUAGAGGAUGUAGAGUCUGGGAAAACCCUCCUACUUGACGCCUACAGAGUUUGGCAACAAGGCCAGAAAGUUAUGACCUACGACCUAGGUCGCAUUGAAAAGAUCAUGUCAGAGACGUACAUGCUCAUAAAACAGGUUGAUGAGGAUGUGGCUCUGGACCAGGCUGUGAAGUUCUGCCAGAUACAGUUGGCUACUUCUGCCCAGCGACAGCCCAUAUGCGACGCGCCUACCACGCCUAAAUACAAGGAGCACAGAGAUCUCUUCUUCCCUGCCUCUCUGCCAACGCCGGUUCUGCUCGGCCACGCCACCUGCCACCCAUUGUCCAACCAGGACGGCCAAGCCAAAGUGAUGUUUGAGCCCCUGAGCAAGUUACCCAGACCUCAAACGUCGGGCUUCCAUGAUCAGCAACCACAGAGGAGAAUGGCUUGCCACCCUGCGGCAGCAGCAGCUUUGUCCUUCUUACAACACACAGAGGAGCGUGAGGAGCUCACAGAGGGGCUCUUGUACCGACAACAGGAAUCACACCUCUGUCAGCAGAUGAAACUGGCCACUGUGUCCCAGGCGCGUGAAGCAGCAGCAGCAGCCGGCUGGUACCGGGAGGAAACGGCCACAUGUAGCAGCAGUGGCAGCAGCACGCAGCAGUGUACAGACCAGCAGCACUAUGCCAGCAGUGAUCUGUCAAAGCUUCCAGACCCCAGUCGAAUCCGCUCCCGCGUCCCGCCUAACAUGCCAAAGCUCUUCAUCCCCUCCGCUGUCACUAAGUUCCCCCCGGAAAUCACAGUGACUCCCCCGACGCCCACGCUUCUCUCCCCCAAAGGCAGCAUCUCGGAGGAAACCAAACAAAGGCUAAAGAAUGUCAUCCUAUCGUCGCAGUCUGCCGCCACGGUCAAGAAGGACACUCUGAGCCAGCCUUCCCUGGAGGUGCAGGAGACAUCCAGCCAGGAGUCUUCACUAGAGAGCGAGUCGGACGAGGAGGAUGAUUACAUGGACAUCUGAGACUCUCCAGGCCUCCUGUGUGGAAAGACCUUUGAGCGUUUAUUCCAUAGCCUUCAAAUCGAACUUAAGGUCCAUGUACUAGCACUCUCAUUGUCCUCACCACAAUUCAGCGUAGUAGUGUACCGCAAUUAUACCUUACUAGUAACUAUUGUGCUGCACUAGUAACAGGCCCAACUAGUAGGCAUUUGUCACACGCUAGUAACCUGAUCAAGGAUAGCCAAUAAACAUUCGAACGGCUUUCCAUAAAGCUGCUUGAGCAUUUAUUGGAUAACCAACUUAAGGUUCAUGUAUCCGUAUGCUCCUUAUCCUCACUAGCAAGUCAAGUCAGCACACUAGUAGAACUUUGUCUGACUAGUCAUGGUUUUCAACUACUAGUGCACAUUUGAAUUGUAUUAGUAGAGCACUUGCUUCUUGUCUUUAAAAAGUACAAACAUCUGAUGCAUUUCAAUCGUAAUCAACACGAGCACCCAAAUAUUCAGUGUACCUUUCACACCACCCCAGGUUAACACACGUUCUGCCGUAGGGGUUAUUUUUCACUUAGGUGGCGUUCCAUUCACUUGAAACAUAUCGACAGUGGAAACUGCAUAAGGUUUAUUAAACGCACCAUUAGAACUACUUUGACAUACUAGUUGGACAACGACAUGUUACUAAUGUUGAAAAACUGCACACAUUGAUCACAGAGCGCUGGGUGUCUUACUCGUGACAUUAUCAAAUUCUACUAGCUAACAUCUUGCCCUUCACGAGGAGUACUUGCAGUAGUGAAUGUCAACCAGCGCAGUUGUUGUCAAACUUUUUAUGCCAAGUACUACCUAAAAAAACAAUAUAAAGUGCCACACGUGUCAUCGUGAUGACCAUCAUUAAAAUCCAGUGAUGUAGUACGUCUGAAAUAAUAAUAGUGCAAGUCACUCUAACAUUAUGCACAUUACGAGUAUAGACAAAUUGUACUAAAAAGUUCAAAACAACUGACCUGUAUUUGUGCGGUAUACCUUCAAGUACCACAAGAGUGAGCCCCAGUACCUCUAGUGGUACUUUGAGAAUCACUGAUCAAGUGUAGAGUUUUAUCUCACGAGUAAAAUAUGGUUGUCCUACAAGUGUGCUGAAUUGUCUCAGGACAGAAAGUGUGCUAGUACAUGGACCUUAAGUUGAAUGUCCAGGACAUCAAAUAAAUCCUCAAACAGCUUUCCAUACUCCUGUGCUAGCGGACCGCACUCGACUGACUCUAUCAAGCACUGCGCCAGUUUCAUCGGGGUUCUUGUUGCUGGAGAACACGUCGCUGCAGCUUUGGUUUUGAUUGAUGCCAUUGUCGCCCCUCCCCGUCAACUGAGAGAAUGCAGUAUUCUCAUCGGCUCUGGCCAUGUCACAGUGUGGCCCAGCUUGUGUGAAUUAUCAGAGCUUUAGUCUCAGCAUGACUCUAACGUGCCAUUUAUGCAUAUCACAGCGGCACGCCCAGCAGCCUGUCACCCAUUUAUGCCUCACCAUUUCUGCGGUCUGCCCCGAACUGCACCUUUGUAACAUGGGAUGAGGACCGAUGCCGGUUGUGGUGCAUUUCAAUGGACAGCACAGGUGACAAAAGGACAGUCACCGCACAACGCUGUAACCUGUAGCACACAUGGGAAAUGUUUACACUCAACCUUGGGUCAACCGAGCACUCAAGCGUGCUGCUUUUGUACACGCCGUGUUCCUGCAAGACUAUAUUGUUUCUUUCUCGGUAGUGCAUCUGUAGCUGUGAGGUUCUCACCAGGGAGACGCCCGUCACCAGCACUGAUGUGAAUGAUGUUGAAAGAGGACGUUUUGUACAUAUCGGAAUCCAAAUGUCUUUGGCAGCAGUACUGAGGUGUGCGUCUGUGUGAGUGGGUGGCUGAGCGAGGGGGUGUGUGUGUGUGUGUGUGUGUGUGUGUGUGUGUGUGUGUGUGUGUGUGUGUGUGUGCGUGUGCGUGUGUGGGCGCGCAUGCAAGAAAUUGAGAUUGGCUUUAAUUCCAAACCCAUAACUGAAUUCACUCGAAUUCAUGCAUGCUGAAGUGGUGUCUCUAAAUUCCGAUGCCUUUUCAUUGGUCAAUUUGUCCCGUUACUCAGUGGAAGACAACAGAAUGUUUUUUUACUAAUUGUUUUCUAUCAAAAUAAUGCUAUCUACUGGGUUGUUGUUGUUGUUUUUUUUUAAACGUGAAUCAAACUGUAAAUGGAAAAACUGUAGAUGAUUAGUCUUGACAUCAAAACCUUUUUAUAUUUUUAUUUCAUUACAUGGUUGUUGCAUUAAGGUGUGUGAUAUUGUUCUGUUUUUGUUUUUUUUCUGCUGAGCUUUUGGAAAUGUACCCCAGCUGAGAGCUUGCCUCAGUCUAACAUGGAUGUCUAACCAAAAAUAUCUUCGAAAAUGUCAAGACUUUGUUCUGCUAUUGGCUAUUUUAAAUGCAUCCCAAUACGGCAGAUAACACCGUGUUUAUCUCUGUGGUGAGUUUGAGGUCUGCGGGAGAGUUGGGAAGACCAACGCUGAGCACCAGCGACACCACAACAACGCAUGCUGACGUGUGACAUCUUUGUCAAGUAUAGUGAUCUGUCAUGGAAUUAACUAAAUGACAUCUUAAUGCAUGUCUAAACACUUCCUUUGUAUCUUGACAUUUUCACAUGUAGAAACAAAUCUUCCAUUCCACAGUAUUAAAAUAUUGCUACUGUUCAGCCCAAGAUACCUCUUAACUCCUAAUUUCGGUAUUUGACCAAAUCUACAAUGGGACGUGUUUACACUUCAACUUGAAUUAAAAUAAACCUUGAAAUUAUGAAUCAAGCAUUAUCUUUUCUAAGGCAUGUUCAAUAAAAGACAAAGCCUCAA